AUGCGAUUGCUCCAAUCUUGGUUCGCUAGGUACUUGUCAGCCGAGGAUGUACAUCCUAACGUUUUGACAGUUUGUGGUCUCUUCUGUAACAUCGUAUCACAUCUGACUGUUCUCUGGUACUGCCCAUCUCUCACAGAGUCUUCUCCGGGAUGGGUAUGGGCUCUCACAGGAGUCAUGGUUCUCGCAUACCAACUCUUCGACAACUUAGACGGGAAACAGGCCCGUCGCCUUGGCCUCUCCAGUGCGCUCGGGCUCGUAGUAGACCAUGGUUGUGAUGGUAUCAACAUCGUCAUGAGCACCUUCUCAGCUGCUGCUCUAUUCCAAUUCGGAGCAGGCUUAAGAACUCUGACUGUACUCUUCAUGGCUUCAACUCAGUUCUUCUUCGCAGCUUGGGAUGAAUACUAUCGGGGUGAAUUCAUCCUCCCCUACAUCAACGGUCCGAACGAAGGAGUCCUUAUUCUCGCCAGUAUAUACCUCAUGAGCUCUCAACUGGACGAUCAUACCACUUUCUGGCACGUACAGGAGACAUUACCUUUCAUUGGAGGCCGCUUUGAACGACGUGACGUGGCAUUAGCGCUGUAA